CUAACCAGCAAACUUGUUUUAGGUGGUUAUAUCAGUUAAACCCCUGAAAGUAGAAAACUGGAUUCUUGCAGAGAUGCCUGGGCUUAUCACCGACUUCUUGAUCUCCCUAGAUGACCGAUUUCUCUACUUUGUGAACUGGCUCCAUGGAGACGUUCGUCAGUACAACAUCGAGGACCCUAAGAACCCUGUCUUAACAGGACAAAUUUGGGUCGGAGGGUUACUAAAAAAGGGCAGUCCUGUUAAGGUGGUUGGAGAAGACGGUAACACUUAUCAAAUUGAUGUUCCUCAGAUCAAGGGUAACUCUCUACGCGGAGGACCUCAAAUGAUCCAGCUGAGCCUUGAUGGGAAACGUUUGUAUGCAACAAACUCGCUGUUCAGCGCAUGGGAUCGUCAGUUUUACCCGGAAAUCAUGGAGAAAGGCUCACACAUAAUUCAAAUUGAUGUUGAUACAGACAAAGGUGGUCUCACCUUAAACCCUGACUUGUUUGUAGACUUUGGUGAUGAACCAGACGGUCCUGCGCUUGCCCAUGAGAUGAGAUAUCCAGGUGGAGACUGCACCUCAGAUAUCUGGAUUUGAAUUGGGGAUGUUUAAAGAGUGACUUAUGUGUGUGAAGUUUAAAAUGAGUUUUAUUGGUUGUUGUGUGUUAUGUAAAAGUUGAAUAAAAAAGGGAGUAAGAAGAGGUCAUUAGAUGAUCCAGAUAAAAUACUUGUUUGUACACUUAAGUUAGGCUCCUUGUGUCUCUUAUGUUAUAAAUUAAACUAAUAAAAAUUUCUACAUUUCUACA